CCGAGCCUCCCCCCACUCAGCUCACAGCGAGGACGGCUAACCGGGACCGCAGCCGCUUGGGAAAAACAGACAGAAAAUAGGAUACAAAAGUAAAGCUUGGACUGUGCUAGUUUUUUCCCGUCUCCACCUGAGUUGUGGAGGACACGUCGGCGUACUCUUAAGUUUCCAGAAAAAAGCUGCUCAGACCUGCUAGCUACCAGACACGGAGAAGCAAAAAGGACACAUCUGUCCUGCCAGCGUCCCACCUACCAUCCUCCACCUGCAGGAAAGAUGAAUCAGUCGGUGGCAAUGCAGAUGUCAGUGACACUCAGUUAAAUGUUACUUGAGCGGAUAUCAUCGCUCGGCUGGCCGAAGAGGAAAAAGAAGAAAGGGACCGUUAAAGGUGCUGGAAGAUGUCUCUGUGGAUGAUACUGCCUGUUAGCCUCCCAGUCCUGACCAUCACUGGGAUAUGGGUUGUGUAUGCCAUGGCCCUGUACAACCAGCAUGUCUGCCCUGUGGAUAAUUGGUUGUACAACCAGUCGUGUGAAGAGGAGCUGUAUUUGCAGAGCGGGCCCUCCUUGUGCUGCACGCUAGACAAUGUACCUCUCAUCAGCAAAUGUGGGACUCUCCCUCCUGAGAGCUGCUUCUUCAGCCUUAUCUGCAGCACAGGCUCAUUCAUGGUUAUGGUGAUUGUGCUGCUCCGCUAUGCCCACGUUAUUGAGAAGCAUCAAAACUGUGUUCUCAACACAGCGAGUCUUUCCACAGGCUGGAUCUGUGCCGCUGGACUCAUUAUGGUGGGCAACUUCCAGGUCGAUAAUGCCAAAGUUCUCCACUAUGUCGGAGCAGGCAUCGCCUUCCCCACCAGUAUGCUGUUUGUGUGCCUGCAGUCAGCACUGACCUACCGACUGGCCAAGACCCAGGGGGAGUACAACUUGGCCCACCUCCGGCUCUGCAUGACCCUGCUGGCCUUCGUAGCCUUGGUGCUCAGUGGCGUUUUUUUCUGUCAGGAGAGCUUCGUCUUGCAACACGCGUCCGCCAUCUUUGAAUGGGUGUUCUGCGUCAUCAUCAUGCUGUUUUACGGGACAUUUGCCUUCGAGUUUGCCAGCAUGUCUGGAGACACCAUGGUGAUUCUAGCUCGAGGUGGGACCCUGGGACCUGCUGGGAGAGAACACAAGGUGGACGCACUGGGAGCACUGGGAGGGUCCGGCCCACACUCACAACCACAUCAACCUGAAAGCAUGUCCAUCCUGUAGCCUUCCUGGCACAUCUCGAUGCCACACAGUUGCCUUGUUUAUUCCUUUCAAACUUUGGUUGUCGAAUGAGUUUAAUUAUUCAUUUCCAGCCACGUUCGCCUGAAGCUUUGAAAUGAACCAGGCCAGUGCAGCAGCUGUUCGCGGCCAAGCGGGUGUCGAUCCGCCGCCACAGCGGAGAGCUCACUUCGAAUUGUGCUCAUAUCAAGCUAAAGAACUUGUUUGCAUUUUGCACAUUGCACAAGUGUGAAACCAAAUUUUCUCCCAAAUCUGUCCUGUCGUCAGCGACCAGCAGGGGAGCAGUUUGUCAAUCAGAUCAUGAAAAUCUGCUGCUCCCCCUGAGUUCCUGUGAACUGUCUCAGUAUGUGGCCUUGGACCAUGUCCUCUUCAGUGACUGCCACGAUGGUUUCAUUGUAUGUAAAGUACAGGCUGCUGGACGGCCUAUCUGACAGUAUUACAGGAGUCAGACAGAGAGAAGAUGGUAGAUGAGUGUUUCAGUGGGAGCAAGGUCAGACCUCAGGCUUGUUUUCCUGCCAGAGUUUGGAUGAAUGCAAUAAAUUCAAUUCAACAGUCUGUCAAAUAGAAAGCAUAGAAAUGUUUUAGUCGAUCUUGGAGACAGAACAAGGCAGCAGUCUAGUUUUUGCAAUCAUUUGAAUCUCCUCAAAGCAAUAUUUGUGAUAUCAAAUAACUCCCUGAUAAUUAACACACAACCCUACAUAGAUUUCAGCUGCUGUUAUCCGACAGUUUGUAUUAUUCAGUCCGCACACUCGACUGCAUGUUACCUUCCAGCCAAAGAUGAGUGAAUGAUGAAGUCUCAGAUAUGUUUCUCAGGAGUUGGUUGGCCAAGGCUGAAUGGAAAGUGAAUGUCUGAGUCCCGUUCUUCAGGUUGACAUUAGGAUAAUAAUGUGCUCUGCUGGUGGUCUGAUGGGUGCGAACGUUAGCUGUGACAACUUAUGUCAGUUUGUUUGAUGGUCAAAAUGGCUGAAUGCAGCUUUAAAAUAUGCGUCAUUUAUGUUUAAUGGACAACUCCAAAUAUGCAAGUCUACUCCCUGGACACAGGGUCUUUUUUUUGUCUGCUUUGAGUCCUGUUUCAGAUCUUUAUUUUAACACUGUACAGAACAUUCAGUGGACCCGGUGCCUCAUAGAUUCAAAUCUCAUAACUGUUUCUUAAAAAAAAAGUUGGUCUUCUCUCUUAUUGUCAGAUUGAUGAUAAACCUGAAAAAAUAUUGGACUCAACUUCCUCUCUGUAAAAGAAUAUGAAAGAGGGCUGACAGAGUGUCCAGAGGCCAAAUGUGUACCAGCUAAUUCAAGCCAGAGCUCUGGCUUUAUUGAGUUUAGUGACGAGGCAUCACACGUGCUUUCAGGUCCUAUAAGGAUCGAGGUCUGCAUCUUAUUAUGCCCCAACAAGAAGGAGGAGAAAGUGCUCGUGUUGCUUCACCUACUUGUUUUUCUUUACAGCUCUGCGUAGUUUGGAGUUUUUUCAGCAUGUCUAGCCUGUGCAGUGGGAUAAAGGGAAAAGGUUUGUGAUGUCAGACUGAGAUGCACUGUCCUGCCUCUGUGUUAUUGUACAAAAUGUGCCAAAUGUUGGUUUGCCUAUGGCAUCGGUGCUAAAACACAAAAAGGCCUUAUUCUGUCAUUUCCCACCUUUCUUUAGCUGUGAUUAGAACAUCUGAUAAAGCAAUAAGAUGAGACAUAGGGUCAAUCAGUUACCAACUGCAUACAGAAGGUUCUUGUUCUGCCAGACAGACUAAUGCCUCGAGAAAUGUUCCCUGCUAAGACAACACAGUUGAUAUUUUUAAGAAAUUGUUAACAUCUCAGUGUAACAUUAACACAUGUUGAGCUCUAAGGUGAAAACCAGAGCAAACAGAAGGUUUACAACAGUCAUACUCUUGUUAGUUGGUCGUCAUUAUGCCCUCAAACCACAGCUGGCCACAUGUUGGGCAGAGGUGUGGUUAUCGUGCCAGUAAAAGUGGGUAGAAGCGGUUCAGCUGCAAACUUGUCAAACAUAUCUGUUACGGAUGGACUGAAAUGUAAUAUUUCACCAUCAGGCUGAAUGUAUACUUUAAACAAGACUGAGCAGGAGAAGCUUGUGCACGCUGCAACGUGGAAGGUUCGCCACUCGAUCACUUGCUUCUCCCUACUGGUCAGACAGCUUAUUGCAUGAGCUUGUGUAGAAGUCACAGCUGGGAUUUUGUAGCUCAGCUCACAGGAGAUCUUGUAUUUCUACUUGAAAAACUAUACAUGUUUGUGUCCACAGCCAAGAAUAUUCAGUUGAAGGUCAAGUCUGCGUUCUAAACAGAGACGGAGCUGCUGUCGUAAUGAGCAAUGCCAAGAACUUGAACACCAGCCUGUGUUUCUGGCUUCAGCUCUCCUGCGACGUUACACUACUUUUACAAUAUGCAUUCCUCUAACAAAUCACAGUCAAGACUUGAUGCAUUCCAAGUAUAUGGUCAAGUGACGGUGCUGCUCAUGCUGCUCUAGCAAGAAACAUUUUGCCAUUUCACAGUUACAAGAUUUUCAUGGAUGCCUGUUUCCAGUUAAAUGCUAAACAGUUUGACAUUUUGCCUGCUGCACAUCUUUUUCUUCAUAUUGUAUCAGCAUCUCCACUUUCUGUCCUUUUUGUUCUUGUUUAUGGAUCUGUCUGAUCUUUGCUCUCAGGAAAAUGUUAAAACACCAGCUACGUUGUUUGAUUUAAAGGCAGACUGAACUCUGCUUGCUUCUGCCUUUCUGUGGAUGAGGAUCUGUCGUGUACAUUUGUUUUGUUUAGUAUAGGCGCAACUGCUUUUUCAGUUGAUGGUUAGCCAUUGAAUAUUUUUUGUUAAUCAAAUAAAGACUCUGUAAAGCUUCAAAAAUAAGCAUUCCUGUAAUGCCAGCUUGUGAGAAUGCUUAUGCUGCUCACGUAAACGUGGUUAAAUAUCUGCAAGAAAAACGAGCUUCCUCAUGCAAUCAGUAGAUCAUUGGGGGAGCGCGUUCUGACAAACUAACCAGCUCCAGUAAACCUCAUCUGAUGCUCGAUGUCAUUCUCCGUUGGACGGCAAAAUGCUCCCUGUGCCUUAUGUAUUGUUUUGAUAAUGAAAACCAAAGAGGUCUAGGUUGUAAAUUCUAUUUUGAUGAAAAGUCAUGAUUGUAUACAUGUAUGCCUUAAUGUUCAAUAAAUAAAAAAACUGGGGG